AUGCCCAGCGCUGCUGUGAGCCAGCUCAACUCCGCUGAGACCGCUUCUAUUUCUCAAAACCCAGGUUCACGGUUUCCAAUGCAGGAACCCAAUGCUGACUGCCAGAGAUUUGACUCCGCCAUCAGCCAGGUCAGGGCUUGUAAGGAGAUAACGGUGCACGUCUUUACCCGUGAAAGUCACAACCUCCCGUUCAAGCGGCGGAGCGCUCACACUGGCACCUGCCUUAGACGUGAACCACUGGCUCUUAUCAACCUCAAAAAGAAAAAUGAAGAAACUGGGGAAGAAGAACUUGCCUCACGCUUAGAUCACUGCAAAGCAAAAGCCACCAGGCACAUAUUCCUUAUCCGUCAUUCUCAAUAUAAUUUGGAUGGCCGGGCUGAUAAAGACAGAACUCUGACCCCCCUUGGUCGAGAGCAGGCUGAACUGACUGGACACAGGCUGGCAAGUUUGGGAUUAAAAUUUGAUCAGAUUAUCCACUCCUCCAUGACUAGAGCAACUGAAACAACUGAAAUUAUAAGCAAACAUCUCCCAGGAGUGAAAAAAAUUAGUACUGAUCUCCUGAGAGAGGGAGCACCUAUAGAACCAGACCCUCCAGUCUCUCAUUGGAAACCAGAAGCUGUGCAGUAUUACGAAGAUGGAGCUCGAAUUGAGGCUGCUUUUCGAAACUUCAUUCAUAGAGCUGAUGCAAAGCAGGAAGAAGACAGCUAUGAGAUCUUUGUCUGCCAUGCCAAUGUGAUCCGCUAUAUCGUGUGCAGAGCAUUGCAGUUCCCCCCGGAAGGCUGGCUGCGAAUGUCUCUUAACAACGGCAGCAUAACUCACUUGGUGAUACGUCCGAAUGGAAGAGUGGCACUUCGAACACUGGGUGACACGGGUUUCAUGCCUCCGGAUAAAAUCACGCGCACCUGAAUGAGCAAAACUGAUGGCUGCCCAGGAGCUGCCUCUAGUCUCUUUGCACUAGUACAUUCAGCUACAGUACCACUAGUUUUUUUUAUCUGUUAAUGUUGGGGUGUGAUGCUGUCUUAAAAACAUCCUUCAGUCCCUUGCCUCCUUCAUACAUAUUCAUAUCUGCCUUUCAGUCCAGAAAAGAACUCUUUGUAAGCCUGAAGCUUUCCCCAAAACUCGAAGCUGAGCUGUGGCAUACAAAGAGAUUGAAUGUCUGAAUUUCUGUAACCAAAGUUUGCGCCUGUGGAUAUUUUUCUUGCGCAGGAAAGCAAUUGGUGUGGGAACUGGAAGGAGCAGCCUUGUAUUGCACUGCAGCUGAAGCUGAAGAUGAGCCAGCUUGUUUCAGCUUUUGCAGGAGAAGUGACAAACAGGGUAUGCUGCUGUUCAAAGGACAAAGGGAUAAGGCUUCAGUUUUUGUAACCAGUUGAGGAUGUACGGUUACGGUGUGUCGUUGUUCCCCUCUGCCCCCAAAACGCUCGUGUAAACUGUGCCUGGUGGUUGUAAGCAAGCAUAA